CCUUGCGUUGUCCUCGAUCCUUGCGUCGUUCUCGAUCAUUGUCGCCGUCGGAAUCUGCGGGAAAUUCCCUUUCCUUCCCUCUCGUCCGCUGCCUUCUCGCAGGCGUCCCUUGCUUUCUCGGCAGUAAGGGAAUUCUCAGGGCAGGGAGUUGUUUGUGGGGAGGGAGGGAGAUCUCCUUGACAGUUUUCAUUUUUCUGUUUCUACUUUUUUUUUUUUUCUCUUUCACGUUUUGUUUGGAGGUGAAUUGUUGGUGUUCUGCUUUACUGGGAAAUUGUUUUCCCGAGGGAGUUGUGUGUUUACAUGGGUUUCCCUGAGAUCCAUGGACAGGGAUGGGGAUCGUGGGGGCUUCAUAGCUUGGUGCGGAGGAAGCAAGUGGACUCCCUGCAUACCAAGUCUGCGGGGACUCAGCUGGCCAAGGACCUUUCCAUCGUGCAGCUUAUCGCCAUUGGCGUUGGCGCUACCAUUGGAGCAGGGGUCUAUGUUCUAGUUGGAACAGUGGCAAGAGAACACUCUGGACCAGCGCUUACAAUUUCUUUCUUAAUAGCUGGAAUUGCAGCUGCCCUCUCUGCGUUUUGCUACGCAGAGCUCGCUAGCCGUUGCCCUUCUGCUGGAAGUGCUUAUCAUUAUUCGUACAUAUGUGUGGGAGAAGGCAUUGCUUGGAUUAUUGGCUGGGCUCUGAUACUGGAAUACACUGUUGGUGGUUCUGCUGUUGCACGUGGGAUAUCUCCAAAUCUGGCACUGCUUUUUGGAGGAGAAAACAGUCUACCAGUUUUUCUAGCUCGUCAUCACAUCCCUGGUCUUAAUAUUGUUGUGGACCCUUGUGCUGCUGUUCUUGUUUUUAUUGUUACUGGCCUCCUGUGCUUAGGGAUCAAGGAGAGUACUUUUGCUCAGUCCAUUGUAACCAGUGCAAACGUUUGUGUGAUGAUUUUUGUCAUCAUUGCGGGUAGUAUCCUUGGAUUUCAAAGUGGAUGGCCUGGUUAUGCCCUUUCCAAUGGGUACUUUCCUUUUGGAGUUAAUGGGAUGCUCGCUGGAUCCGCCACUGUUUUCUUUGCAUAUAUAGGCUUUGAUGCGGUUGCAAGCACGGCUGAGGAGGUAAAGAAUCCACAACGUGAUUUGCCAUUGGGAAUUGGAAUCGCAUUAUCCCUAUGCUGUGUCUUGUACAUGCUGGUAUCUGUGGUUAUAGUUGGUUUGGUGCCUUAUUAUGCAAUGGAUCCUGACACACCAAUUUCAUCUGCUUUCUCCAGCCAUGGGAUGCAGUGGGCAGUGUACAUUAUCACUGCCGGUGCAAUUACUGCUCUCUGUGCAACAUUGUUGGGUUCAAUCCUUCCCCAGCCUAGGAUCCUAAUGGCAAUGGCUAGGGAUGGGUUGCUUCCAUCGUUCUUCUCUGAUGUAGAUGAACGAACACAGGUUCCUGUUAAAGGCACUCUUCUGACAGGGAUUGUUGCUGCCACUCUGGCUUUCUGUAUGGAUGUCUCCCAGUUGGCAGGAAUGGUCAGUGUUGGCACACUACUAGCGUUCACUAUUGUUGCAAUUUCAAUUCUAAUACUUAGGUAUGUCCCACCUGAUGAAGUGCCUCUGCCAUCAUAUCUUCAAGAGACAAUAGAUUCAGUAUCGGCAAAGUAUGGUUCUCAAGAAAGUGAGGAGGAAGAUCUUGAAGAUGCCGACAAAAUAUGUAAAGCUUCUCAACAAGUUUCUGAAAGUCAUGCAUCUCUUGGUGCUGGUGCAUCGGUUGCUUAUCCGUUAAUUGAAAAGAAGUUCCAACCUGAGGACAAAUCUGAUGACCAGAGAAGGCGCAAAGUUGCAGCUAUCAACAUCACUUUUGUGUGUAUUGGAGCUCUGCUGCUUACUUCUGCUGCUUCUUUUGUAUCUUUACCUGGAUUUGUACGAUUAUCUAUGGGUGGUGUUGGUGUUGUGCUUCUGUGCUGUGGCCUGAUUGUCCUUUCAUGGAUUGACCAAGAUGAUGGAAGGCACAGCUUUGGACAUAGUGGAGGUUUCAUCUGCCCUUUUGUCCCUCUUCUGCCUGUUUGUUGUAUUCUGAUAAACAUUUAUCUGUUAGUAAAUCUAGGUGGUGGAACAUGGCUUCGCGUGUCUUCAUGGCUCUUAAUUGGAGUUAUUAUAUACUUGAUAUACGGAAAUGGCCACAGUUCCCUGGCAGAUGCGGUCUAUGUCCCAGCAGCCCAUGUGGAUGAAAUAUACAGGAGCUCUUCAAGGUUUGUGGAGUAAGAAUUGCAUUUGCUCUCUGCCCAGCAGGCCAUGUAGAUGAAACAUGAAGGAGCAAACAAGGAUAGUGAAGUGAGAAGAAUUGCAGUUGCUCUUGCUCUGGUCUGCCCCUGUAUCAUCCCAUUUCAUUCUUACAUAUCCCAUUACAUGCUUUGGAGCCCUAUGGCCAAGUUUGUAUUCUUCUUUAGGGACCCUCUUUCCAUUAAAAUAUCUUGUUCUUUGCAGUCUGUGGAAGAUGGAAAGUAGGUCACUGUCUUGUUGGUUCUUUCUCUUUGUAAUGCCAAUGAUUCAUGGAAUGUAGAUCGCUAUCUUAACGGUUCUUUCUCUUUGUAUAUAAUAACAUUUUUUAGUUUAAA